UUGUUUGGAAGUGUCAAAAGUUGUUGGCAUUCUGUAUUUCGCAUAUAUUUUUUUAUUUUGUUCAACCGCGAUAUUAAUCAUGCAUGAAAUGUUCCAGUAUGUGCUGAACAAAAAAGACUUGUCUAAAGCUGGAGAUUUGUUUCAAGUCCCUGAUCGCAUCAUCUUGAAUGACCUCUCGGCCAUAAUCAACAAAGUUAUUGAGAUCACCAGCCAGCCUGACUACUCUCACAAUCUCAAUGAUCAAAGUGUUGUGGAAAUUUGCAUCACAAGAAUAACUUCAGCUAUAAGAGAGAAUGGCAGUGUAGAACUGGAGGGCCUUGCUCUGGUUUCAUUGCUACAGACGUGUCUGAACCACAACUUGCGACCCACCACACCAGAUGCAGCUCCACCUCAUGCAAAAAUUGCUGCAGAUAUUGUUGCCUGUAUAUUCUUGCAUUACCAGCAGCGCAGUGUAAUGAGACUAGCACUCCCUGUUGCUGUGAAGCUCUUACACAAAGGCAAUGCAGAAUUGAGCCGCAGCAUCAGCAGCUACCUCAGCCUUGCAGCCAUACACUCAGCAGGGCUUCUAGCUCAGCACACUCAUACUAUUGUUGACAGUGUCAUUGCCGGUAACUACUCACUAGCUCGCAUUUUACCUGGUCUAUACAGCGAAGCUCAGGAGCCUUUGCAGCGGCACAUUAUGACUCUGGUAUCACUGCUACCGCGAUGCCACAACCCUACAGACAUUCAGCCUCUGCUUCAGCUCUUUGCUCUGGUGGCGGGGCAUAAACCUGCGCUGCUGGAGAACUCCUUGCCUCAACUUCUUGAAUGUUUAUCAUCUCCCUCAACUGCCUUACCCACGCUACAGGUUGUUCUCAUCCUCACCAAAUGGCGGCCUACAAUACUCACGCCAUACAUGCAUAGGAUCAUGGAUGCUGUUGAUGCACAACCUGAAACUCUUACUAUUGGACUGCAGGUUAUUUGCGUGCUGGGACGAGUCUCACCGGAAGUUGCUCGCACAGCUCUAGACUACACGGCCACUCAUUUACCCAGCGUUGAGAAGAGCGGUCUUGCUGAAGUGCUGCGCGAGGUGGGCGGUGUGGUGUCACUUUAUCCUGACGCGGUGAGCGACGCGUUGCUGUGCGCUGUGCGACAGUUGCUGCGCGAGGUGGGCGGUGUGGUGUCACUUUAUCCUGACGCGGUGAGCGACGCGUUGCUGGGCGCUGUGCGACAGUGUGAGUCUGCGACGACGCACGGCAGCAUCGCAGGCUCCCACGCUUCACUGCAGCACCAGGAUGACGACGAGAUUGCAAGAAUAAAGCACAGCAACAGUGGCGGUAUCACAAUCGUCACUGUCAACAGCAGCGAGAUGAGCUCUCAUGCCAACACAAGCAAUAACAGCAACUUGUGCUACACCAACACCAGCAACAACGCACUAGAGCGCCUCAGCAAUGGUAAACUGGACUCCCAAGAUCUUGUUGAUGGCGGGCGAGAAGUUUCGAAUAUAACUUUAAUGACUGGCAGCCGUGACCAAAUCUCGUACUCGCGGUUUAGAGACCUCGUGCGAUCUACAAGCCGGGAGCUGACCAACGGCAGUGGUUAUCACAGCCGAGACAUGCUUCUGGGCAAGGAUGGCAGACCUGUGGGUGAUGCUCUCUAUGUCCAAAACCCCUCGGCUGGCAGCGGUGCUCGACAACACAAAUAUCAGAAGCAUGGUGGAGCAAACUCGUCUGCAAUAUCAGCUGGAGAAGCAUGGAAGAGCAGCAACAAAUUGGUCACUGCUAGCAAUCGAUCCAUGCCGCGUUUGGGUAUAGGCACAAGCAGUGGCAGCAGCAGUCGAUUAGGUUCGUCAUCCAUCUUGUUAAACAAGUCGCUGACGCGUCUGAACAGUUCUCAUCACGCACUCACCACCACCACCAUCACCCGCUCAACCACAGCUCUCACCACUAUCCCUCAAACCACUCGUCCUCUGUCCACACCCUACACCAUCAGUGCGUCUCCCACCACUCCACCCCCGGUAUACAACGGUUUCUGUGCCACUAUUGAUGCCAUGAGUCCUUACGCUUCCCAGCCAGUUACUCACUUCCCAUCGGCCAUACCUUCUUUGGGUAUCCCACUCCCCCCUCUAGGUAUGCCUCCUGUGAAUCCCUUACCCAUUACUCCUGUUCCUGGAGCUCAUGUGCCGUUACAGUCCGUGUCAUCAGCACACAAACGAUACUCGGCUCAACUACCCCUGAGUUUUUCCGUCAACGGCCACACGUCUUCGGCGCAGCAGCGAGUGCCUCCUGUGAUAUCGUAUGCUACCAGCGGCAACCAGCUGGCUCUUCUCACCUCCACUGCUUCGUCUGGUCUUUACACCUCCACUGCCCUGAGUGGGCUCUACACCUCCACUACCAUGAGUGGUCUUUACACCUCCAUUGCACCGUCUGGUCUUUACACCUCCACUACCCAGACUGGACAUUACCCCGCAAAUAUGGCCGCGGCAUCGAGCAGGCCCCAAAUUGGAGCGUCAUACGCUGCAACCAGCAACAGCCACACGGAGGUCGCGCCUCUCGCCAAUACAGAUCAUGUCUCUGUGCCGGCGAGUCUGGGUUCAUACAAGAGUCGGAGCUCGUCGGUUGGUACGCUGCGGGAUUACUGCGUUACAGCUGCGGACUCGAUCGCGAACGAACUGAACACUCCGUCCUGCACCACCACUCGCACCACCACUACACCAGCUGCUCCCGCCCCUCUCACCACCUGCUCUUCAGGUGGAGUGACAAGCGCUUCAAGUGGUGGCAGCAUAUGCGACAGCGCUGGCAGCAUUUCACCACCCAUCGCUAGCAAUGGCGUUACUACCAACAACGCUACAGAUAAAAAUUCAUCAAUAUAUCCAAUAGAUAAACAGCAGCAGAAACAGCAACAGGAUGCAGCUAAAAGUGACAACAGUUUGGGUGGCGACAUAGGAAUUAAAGCGGUGAUGCGGUCCACUCCCCUGAGCACAUGCGAGCCUCAGCGCGCUAGUGUGUUUGAACCGUUUGCCAUGAAGGAUACAGUGCAGCAUUUCUGUGAGAAACACCGCGAGAAAAUCAAGGCUUACAUGCAGAAAGUGUUCGUCAAGUUGCCGCUGCCUGUCAAGUGCUUGAUUGAAGAACGGAAACGUCGCAAGUACGCGAAGCUUUUCUUCAGCUGUCAAGGGAAAGGCGAACAUUGUUUGUACAACAACCAGCUUUUCUGCAUCAAAGUUCGUCACCCAAGAGUGUGGAUCCACUUGAUGUUCCUCGCUCUGCAGGCGCGCUCUCCUUCUGCUCUCAGUUCCAGAGAGACGCAGGUUAGCAGUUUACGUCACUGCUGGGAUUCCAUCAACUCCGACGUGAACGUGUCUUUCCUGACACUUGUCACCGCGGCAUUCCCAUCCGCCAAGGAUAUGGACUCCCUCAUGCAGGAGUUGCGGUCCAACAGGUUCUUUGACGUGUUUGAAUACAACGGCAUCGAGCAGCAGUGGGGUUGCUUCCUGUGCAACCACCCCGACAAGGCGCAAGGCUUCGUGCAGGACAACACUCCUGUCAUCGAGGGGCAACUCAAAGAAAAGAAGAGUAAAUGGAAGCUUUUCAGAAAAUGGCGCACGCGCUAUUUUACGCUUUCGGGAGCUCAUCUGUCGUACAGAGGAGAGCAUGGCGACCGACUUGAAGAGAAGGGCGACAUCGACGUGCAGCGAAUACGAAGCGUUAAAGUUGGCAAAUCAGGGCGACACAUUCCGAAAGCGUUCGAAAUCUUUACUGACAACAAAUCGUUUGUACUCAAAGCUAAGGACUCGAGCAACGCUGAGGAGUGGGUGCGGUGCUUGUCUAUCGUGGUGGCGCAGCAACAGGUGCGCGAAAAAAGCAGUGAAGUGGGGGCACUGUACUCCAGCAACAGCGUACCACUGCACCACAGCGCACCACUGCACCACACGACACACUCAUACCGCGCUAACCGCGUCUCCGCCGCCAGCACAGGCGUCUGCAGCAGCAACAGCAGCAUUGUGUGGCCUGGCUGUAGCAGCAGUCGCAUCAGUUCGAACACAUCAUUGCCUCGGUCGCUGUUCUUCAAUCCCCACGGAGGCCCUUCUUCGUCACCCCCAGGCACCCUACCCACUCUCAUGGCGAACAUGCAUAACAGUAACGCUGCUGCUGCAGCUCCUCUGGGCGCUGCAAUCCUGUCACAACAUGCAGCAGCUGCCGACGUUAUCGCUGCCGCCAAUAAGCAUGGCAGCAGCACAUUGCCUGCUGGCGUCACGUUGGUGCGCAGUAAUGUGUAGCAGGCGUCACGUUGGUGCGCAGUAAUGUGUAGCUGGCGUCACGUUGGUGCGCAGUAAUGUGU